AUGGCCAGCCUAGACGGGGCGGGGAAGAGAGGAGCCAAGGGAGCUCAGCGAGGGAAGCAGAGCCUCUCGGGCGGGCCGGCGGGCGCCAGAGCGGGGCCCUCGUGGGCUCUCUGCCCCAGCGGGCCUCCCUCCCUCCCUGCGCCGCUGCGGCAGCGCCAGCCUCCAGCCAGGCCACGGGGGCAGCAGGCUCGAUCUGGGGCGCCGCAAGGCCCCGGGGCGGCUUCCCGGCCUCGAGUCAGCAGCCGGAGGCUUCCGGAGCCCGCUCGGCUGGUCUCGCUCUGCAGGCAGGGCUUCCCCGCGCGCCCCCCCCCCACUUCCGGGCUGGCUGCAGCCGCGCUCCCGCCUUGUGUGCCCCGAGCAGAGGCUGCGGCGGUGGCGGCGGCCAAGGACGGAGGCCCCGCUAAGCUGCCUCUGCUUCCCGGAGUUCCAUUGGCCUCUCUGCGCUGUCUGCAGGCUGGCCAUUCGCAGCCCGCGGCCUCUGCUGCUACUCCGUCCGCGGCUCGUCAGGGAAGAGAGGGGCGUGUGCCUGGGGCAGACCGCUGCGCCCCCCUGGCGGGGCCCCCUCGCAGGCACGCCCCAAGCCCGGCGGGCGACGGCUGGCUCUCCGCAUGCGCCCAGGGCUGGACGGGCUCCCUCGCCUCGCCCGGCGCCCUUCCCAUUGCGGGCGCCUCCUCCCCGUCGGGCUCCUUGUACGCCCGACGUGGCGGGCGGGCGGGCCAGCUGCAGGCCCGCCUGCGCCGCCCCCCGCCCGCGGUAGGCUGGGCUCAGGCAGGAGCUGCCCGCUUGCUGGCGGGGGAGGGAGCCUGCUUCUUCCGCUCGACGACGGGGCUGCUGGCUGUCGGGGGUCUCGCCGCCAUGAGCACCCGCGCCGUGAACCUGGAAAAGCACCGCCUGGCGCUGCUGGCUGCCAAGGGCGACGUGGUGAGCGGACGCGCCGCCGCCAGCUGGGCUCUCUUUGCCUAUGAGAAGUCGAAUGAGCUGAAGCUCCUGGAUUCCGGAGCGGGGGGCCCCGAGGAGCUGGCCAAGGGCCUCCAGAGAGGCAGCGUCAUGUACGGCCUGUGCCGCCUGCCCGAUGCCCGGACGGGCCACCCGCUCAUUGUGCUCAUCAACUGGGUUGGCGAGAACGUCCCGGACGCGCGGCGCCAGGCUUGUGCGGGGCACCUGCCAGCAAUCCGGGCCUUCUUCAAGGAAGCCCGCCUGGUGGUGAGCGCAGGCCGUGCUGAAGAGGUGACCCAGGAGGGCCUGCAGCGCAGCCUGGCCCUUGUCCCCCCCCCGGGAGGCGCAGCCCCCAAGAAAGCACCGCUUGGGGACCCCCAGGAGCUGGUGGGCACCAACUACCAGAAGACCAACCCAGCGCUGGAGGUCCUCCGCACCCAGCGGGAUUCCUUCUGGGCCCAGGCUGAGAGAGAAGAGGCGGAGCGGCGGGAGCAGGAGCGGCAGCGGGCCCAGGCGGAGCGCAGGCGCUGGGAGCGGAAGCGCGUGGAGGAGGAGAGGCGGGAGACGGCGGGGCGGGAGCAGCGGAUCCGGGAGAAAGAGCAGCUCCUCCAGGAGCAGAGAAAACAGGAGGCCCAGCUGAAGGCUGAGGAGCGCAGGAGGGAAGGGCCCCGAUGGGAUUCGGCCGGGACGGCUUGGCAGCACUCCGACACGCCCCGAGGCUCCUUCCAGCAGAGGGGCCGCUCGGGAUCUGCUUCGGGGGCCCCUGAGCUGUUGUCGCCAACAGGGGGCUCGGCUGCCACCCCCCGGCGGCCUUUCCUCCGCUACCAGCGCAGCCUCACGGAGACGGCGUACAUCUUCCGGGGCCCGGAUCCAGCAGGAGCCUCCCUGCCCUGCGCCAGGCCCCAGGCAGCCGCUCCUCCCAGCCCCCCCGUGAGCCCCAAGCCUCUGGCUGGCUCUGUCCCCAGCCCCCCAGCCCCCUCCAGGACCUGCUUCCAGGCCUGGCCCUCUAGCAGCUCUCCUGAGGUGGGGGACCAGCCCCACACGGCCCUGCCGGAGCUGGCUGCCCUCGGCCUGUGUGAAGCCAGACGCCCCUCCUCCCCCUGCAAUGGCCAUGGGGCUGGGCUGGAGCCUUCCUGCCCCGGCAGCCCUCUUCAGCCCCACAGAGCAAGCUCCCCACCUCUGGGCAGCCUGAGGGGCUCAGCCGCAGAGGGGCCGGUGCUCCAGAGUGACCCCUCCCAGGCUGAAGCGACCCCAGCUCCUGCCCUGGGGGAGGCCCUGCUGCCCCCUGCCCACUCCUCCAGCCCCGCCUCCUUCUGGAGUCCAGACAGGCCGCUGCUGCCCCAUGGCAACACCCUCGCUGAAGGGCCAGAGGGCUGUGGGGUGGCCAGUGGCUGGAGACCGCCCGCCGAGGCUCCUCUGUCCCCGGAGAAGGACCCUGCCACAGGCGCAGCACCUCCUGCCACCCCCCAGCUGGAGCCUGCCCCCUACUCUGGACACAAUGGGGCGACCGCGGUGCAAGAAGGGAACUGGCCCGGGGCCCCAGAGCUGGGCAAGAGAGAGCAGGAAGGCCUGCCUGCUGCUCCCGCCACCGACCCCCUGGAACAAGCCCCAGGGGAGCCCUGGACAGGCAGGGCUUGCUUCUUGCCCGGUGCCAAGGAGCACAGCGGCUAACAGGCCUCGGGGGGGGGGCCACCAAGGAGAUGCGGAGUGCCCCUCCCUGCCUUGCGCUCAGCCUGGAGCGGCCUGCUAGCCACCGGCUGCCCUCCCGACCCCACGCGGAGCACCCCCAGGGUGACUGCCACUGCCCCCACUUGCCGAUGCAGCUGGGAUGGACUGCCCCCCUGCCCCAGCCCCGCCUGCUGUUGCCUAAUAAAGCUUUUUGUGGGUCUUGUG